AUGGAUUCAUGUCUGGGCGUAGAACAGGAUUUAGACAAAGCAACAACAAAAUUUACAGGGAUUCAUGAUCAUACGAACAAAAUCCUGCAGGAUCUGUUAACCCAAGUCGAAAAUAUAAAGCAGGAAAUCGCUAAACAGCCUGAAAAUGAACAAUUAUCUGAAGAUCAGGCAUUAUUGGUUAGUGAGUUAGCAGCUACAUUGAAGCAAACAGUAUUUCAGAUGUCAACAGAGCAUCGUGAACUUCAUGCAACAGUAUCCAGAGUUGGAAAGUCUAUUGACAGGCACUUUAUUGCAGAUUAUGCAACUGUUGCACCAAAGGCUGAAUCGUUUUGUAGUGAAACUAAUAGACCCAUUAUGGAACAGGCUAUCGCACAACAUUUGUAUAGACAGGGUCUCGAAGACGUGGGCGACGUGUUCGUUGGCGAAGCGCACAUUCCGCCUGUGGAGCGUACUUGUACGUUCGCUCAACUGCAGCGCUGUGCGGCUGCACUUUCGGACGGAGACCCGGCGCCUGCAUUGCAAUGGGCGGAGAAAAGGGCUCAGGAACUUGCACAUUCACCGCUCCCCUUUACCCUGCAUAGGAUGCAGGCCCUCAAGCUAGCCCGCGAGCAGGGCGUAGUAUCGGCGAUAGAGUACGUACGCAAAGAGUUCCCGGCGUACGCAUCACGCCAUGAACGCCAAUUGCAAGCCGCGGUGUGUGCGCUCGCUUGGUGCACGCCCGGUGCGCCCACUCCGCCCGCUAACUACGCGCACCUGUUAGAUCCUAAGGCACUUGGCGCAGAGGCAGCGGAGUUGUUCAUUCGCGAAUCGUGCGCAGUGUUGCGGUUGGCCGCGUUGUCUCCUUUAGCGGGGGCAGUGGUUGCCGGCGCAAGAGUUCUACCGGCCUUACACGAUAUUCGGGCUAAGAUGAGCCACCCCAAUGUUAUCGCAGCCUGGGCUGACGAUGAACUGCCUCUGGAGGUGGAGUUAGGUGAAGACGGGGGUGGCUACCAUUCAGUGUUCGCGUGUCCGAUCUUACGUCAACAGGCCUCCGAGCUGAACCCACCAAUGAGGCUCCUCUGCGGUCACGUCAUAUCACGGGACGCUUUGAAUAAACUCGCUAUGGGCGUUAAAUUGAAAUGCCCAUAUUGUCCCAUGGAACAAUCGCCAGCCGAGGCCAGACAAAUUUAUUUCUCUUGA